CAUUAAAAUAUCUUGGAUAUGUUUUCCUUUGCGUAUCUUCCUUGAACAGAGACAGGUUAGGCUGCCAACGCUUUAGGACUAGUGGCCUAGCUGUUGGUCAUAUCCCAUAUGCCAUGGGCCAUGCACGGUCCAGAAUCAGCUCCAAUGCUUCCAUUUUGUCCAAACUUGAAGAAAAAGAAGACAUUUUCCGACGAAAGCCCCCUCUUCAAGGCCAACUGCAUUCCACAGUUUAUGAGCCAAUAUUGCACUAACCAACGGGAUAAAAUGAUUUGCCAGUACUUGUGUCACGACCAACUGAAGGAUGUUUUUCAUGUUUCUAAAAGAAUUAGAGAAGCUGUUUUGCGUGCAAAGCAAAACCACUUUGAUUAUAAAACUCCGCGCCGGUCCGAUCGUGUGAGCACGCCGCCGGCGGAACACUCGUCUCUUCAGAGCAUGAGAAAUGGAACCCCACCAGCACCAAGGCGUCCCCCGCCACGUUCUCGUCUCAAUUUUUCUGAUCAGCCCCUAAGCGAAUCCUUGCCUCUCUAUCGAGCUCUAUCAUAUGAGGAUGAGUUAAGCCAGGCCGUAGCUCGGUUUAAACUUUAAUUUGCAUGUUGAUGUAAUAUGCUUCUCCUUUUUGUCCUUCUCUCGUCCUCCAUUAUAUGAUAUCACAGAUUUAAUGCUAAUUUUUAAAAAUUGGAGGACGAAAAAAGGACAGAAUAAGGAAAUGAAUAAUUUCUCUUUUUCUUUUCAGUUUC